AUGCGCAAAGAUUUCGACGGACCUGGGAAUUGCCGUAAAUCAAAAAUGCAAUUGGGCGGCUUCAUCCCGACACUCGCGAUUCGCCGUGUAGUGAAAAUACCUGGACAUACGUUGGAACGCCUUCAGCUGUGCAUAAAUAUUCCGUCGAGUGCGGAUCCCUUCGUUGACACCGUAGCUAAUGCGAGGAUAGAUCAUGCAUUCGUCGAUAUGAUCUGCUGCCGACCACGGUUGUCUACGAAGGUUUCAGCGGGCGCAAGAGGUAUGUCGCUGACUCGUAGACCUUUUGUGAUUGGGGACAGCAAGCUCGGCCAUCUGAGGAAGAUGCGGAGAGAUGGGUACGAUAUCCGUAUCGAAGUAUACGAAUGGAAUACCAUUUUGGAUGUGCUGCAGUGUCAAGCAGUUCGUAGAUCAUAUUGUGUUAUCCAUACGAAUGAAACCAUUGCGGCCUUCGAUAGAGUGACUAUGGCUCUGAAGAACGUCAUAGACAGCCCGGUCACAUUUGCGAAUAGAGACUGGCAUUUGAUCAAAAAUUCCUGUGGGCUCUAA